ACGCGGCUGGUGUUUAAAAUCAUUCAAGUCUGGACAACACGCGAUAUCUUGGGUUGCCAAGUCAGCAAAGAUGGAUCAUAAGAAAGCGACCACAGCGCCCCUGACGGCGGAUAGCGGAACCCUAACACCAGCCGGCGCGGAGGCAGCGCCUCUGGCGGACAGCGGGGGAGACGUGCCAGACGGCGAUGGGUACUUCAGCAGUUACGAGAACUUCGAGGUGCACCGCCUGAUGGUGUGCGACAAGCCUCGUACCGAAGCCUACCGUAGCGCUAUCCUAGGCAGUGCCGAGGUCUUCAAGGACAAGGUGGUGCUGGACAUCGGCGCUGGGACAGGCGUGCUGUCUCUGUUCGCCGCGCAGGCCGGGGCCCGGCGCGUGUACGCGGUCGAGGCGUCCGCCUUCCACGUGCUGGCCCGCCGCACGGCCGAGCAGAACGGCCUGGCCGACCGGAUCCGGGUGGUGCAUGGCCGCGUGGAGGACGUCCAGCUGCCGGAGAAGGUCGACGUCAUCGUCUCGGAGUGGAUGGGCUUCUACCUGCUGCACGAGUCGAUGCUUGACUCGGUCAUUGUCGGCAGGGACAGGUUCCUGAAGCCGGAUGGCCUCAUGUUCCCGGACGUGGCACGGCUGUACGCCUGCCCGUCCACGCUCGACUCGUUCUACUGUGAACAGCUCGCCUGCUGGCGCCGCCCGUACGAGCUGGACAUGAGCCCCGUGGCCGAGGCGGCCAGGCUCAGCAUGCAGAGCGCCCCUCAGGUGCUGCAGACCCACCCGGAGGAGCUGCUGGCCGAGCCGGAGCUGGUCCACGAGUUGUACCUGCAGUACGUCAGCGCCGAGGAGCUGGAGACGCUGAGCUGCCGGCGCUUCGUGACGGUGACGCGGUCCGGCCCGUACCGCGGCCUCUGCCUCUGGUUCAGCUGCCAGUUCCCGGGCGGCGGUGGCGCGCUGGAUACGGGGCCACGUGCGCCCGUCACCCACUGGAAGCAGACGGCCGUUGUCCUGCCGACCGACUACCCGCUGCAGGCGGACGAGGUGGUCGGCUUCGAGCUGACCCUGUGCCGCGCGCCGGACCAGCCGCGCCGCUACAGCCUCGCGCUCGCCAUGCUUGACGACGACGAGCCUCACCCGGUGCCGUGCUCGUGCGCGGUCGGCCGGUGCCGCCUCAUCAAAGCGCUGAUGGACCAGGAGGACGCCGAGCUGGAGCGCCACCUAGGCCGCACGCUGCGGUACCGGCGCGUCCACAUCGCCGGAGACGGGGGUGGCAUCUUCCAGAAAGGCCGGGCCGUCGUCUCGCGCGCGCCGCUCCCUGAAUAA